AUGUCUGACAACAAAGAUCAGACCACGCAAAAGGGGGAAGAAUCAAAGCCGACUUCAGACACAACCGCAAAGUCAGAAAAGAAUGAAAAAGUUGAAUCGAGCACGAGUCGAGUUGAGAAUCCUCUCGCGGGUGUAACCGCCUUGCUGGAGCGUUACGGUUACCAACUUGGAGAUAUUCUUGGUAAAGGAUCCUAUGCGGUGGUGAGAAAAGCAUACUCUAGAAGGCAUAAGAAGAACGUUGCUGUGAAAAUAAUAUGCAAGAAGAAGGCACCGGAGGAUUUUCUAUCCAAAUUUCUUCCGCGUGAGAUAAAAGUGCUGAAGAGAUUACACCAUCCCCAUGUCAUUACACUCAUAGAAGUUAUCGAGACAAACACACGAAUGUACAUCAUCACUGACUUGGCCGAGAGCGGAGAUCUGCUGGAGUUUAUAAGAAAGAACGGUGCUAUACCUGAAACAACUGUUAAGCAUUUGUUUAGACAACUAGUUACAGGAAUCACCUACGUGCAUAGUCAAGAUGUAGUGCAUAGAGAUUUGAAAUGUGAAAAUCUCUUAUUGGAUAAAGACAAGAAUAUUAUUAUAUCUGAUUUUGGGUUUGCUCGAGACAACCUGACCUCGGCAACGGGGAAAAGGAAACUUUGUCAUACCUACUGUGGUUCUUAUGCCUAUGCACCUCCUGAAAUAUUAAAAGGUAGUGUGGUUCAUAAUGUUAACUUAUUUAUGGGCUUUUGUAUCUAGAUACUCCUAUUUUUUUUUUCUGCCUUUCUGCUAAAGACUUGUAAGCCAGUUGUCACCUGAACCACCUGAUCAAGAAAAAAAACUCGUACGUGCGCGCAUGAUAAUCAUCUCUCCACCCUAGCCUCUUCCGCAGGCUUCACUGUCCUGUUUUUAAUAGAGAACGAGUGUGAGAAUGCGGAGAGAAUGAAGAGUGACAGUGAUGGCAAACUCCACCAAAUUUUUUCUCUUUUUCUCGUCCUCAGACUCCUCUCUCUCAGCGGAGUUGGCUGCGGAGGAGGCUAUCUCCAUCCAUAGUCUUAACUUCAAAAUUCACACGCGCGCAACUUUGUGUCUAUACACACCCUGAUGUUCGACCAUUAGUAUGCUCUCAAGCUAAGAUGAUAUCCUUUGGCGGACCGACAUCCAUUAGACUGCGAGCAGUCUCUCUUUUGUUCGAAAAUCUGUGAGUGAGAGNGAAAAUCUCUUAUUGGAUAAAGACAAGAAUAUUAUUAUAUCUGAUUUUGGGUUUGCUCGAGACAACCUGACCUCGGCAACGGGGAAAAGGAAACUUUGUCAUACCUACUGUGGUUCUUAUGCCUAUGCACCUCCUGAAAUAUUAAAAGGUAGUGUGGUUCAUAAUGUUAACUUAUUUAUGGGCUUUUGUAUCUAGAUACUCCUAUUUUUUUUUUCUGCCUUUCUGCUAAAGACUUGUAAGCCAGUUGUCACCUGAACCACCUGAUCAAGAAAAAAAACUCGUACGUGCGCGCAUGAUAAUCAUCUCUCCACCCUAGCCUCUUCCGCAGGCUUCACUGUCCUGUUUUUAAUAGAGAACGAGUGUGAGAAUGCGGAGAGAAUGAAGAGUGACAGUGAUGGCAAACUCCACCAAAUUUUUUCUCUUUUUCUCGUCCUCAGACUCCUCUCUCUCAGCGGAGUUGGCUGCGGAGGAGGCUAUCUCCAUCCAUAGUCUUAACUUCAAAAUUCACACGCGCGCAACUUUGUGUCUAUACACACCCUGAUGUUCGACCAUUAGUAUGCUCUCAAGCUAAGAUGAUAUCCUUUGGCGGACCGACAUCCAUUAGACUGCGAGCAGUCUCUCUUUUGUUCGAAAAUCUGUGAGUGAGAGUAUUUGAGCAGCGUGCAGUUGUUUGCUUUAUCGCCCUAAGCGUGAUGUUGCUUACACGCAGAUCUUCCCGCUCUUGGAAAUUGCUUCGUAUUCUUUCCCGUGCUUUAGAUUUUCUCAUGGUUUUAGGAUAUAUAUGAAUAAAGUUUGCUACACAAGAGUUUAUACCAGCAAUACUUUGUGUUGCUGAUUCAUUUCUGCAGGGUAAAUAAUUUUUUUACUUUACUUUACUUUUCGCCAGUUUUGCUGGCAUUUUCCCAUGUUUGGCACUAGUUACGUGUUCUCACGUCUAACAACGGACUGCAAAUUUGUUUUAAUUAGGUCUUGGUAAAGUUUUGAGAUUAAAAAAAAAUAGCAGAUUGAAACACUCGCAAGAGAGAGCGAGAUCAUUUUGGGUAUAGAGGGCGGUUUGCUUAAAUUUAGACAACAAACUUUUCUAUUGUUUGCCAUCUGUUUAGGUAUAGCUUAUGACGCGACACUUGCGGAUGUAUGGAGUAUGGGCGUGAUUCUAUACACCAUGAUUUGUGGCCGUCUUCCGUUUGACGACUCCAAUUUACGGAGCCUUCUGCAACAGGUUCACCGUAGAGUGAACUUCCCUUCUAAGGUUAAAGUACCUGAUUCAGUCAAAGCCGUUAUUCACAAAAUGCUACAAUGGAAUUUAGCAGAGAGAAUAACAGUGGAACAGCUCCAGCAAGAGCCUUGGCUGUCCGACGAAGAGAACGCAUCUGAAAAGGACACGUGA